ACGGCCCGCGAGGCAAACCAUUCGUCCAUCCAUCGGAGGGCAGGCGGAGCACGCGGCGAAUCCUCGGACCCGCGCGCGCGCCUUCCCCACCCCCCGCAGUUCCCAGUUUCCGGAAGCCAAAACCACUGGCGCCGUCCCACUCAACCCGCUGCUGCCAGCGCCGGGGAGGGGAUAUACAUAGCGUCCUCUCCCUCCUCCGUUGCCCAACCAGCAAGCUGCAUCCACCCCACUCGCACCCAUCGAUCGACCUCCAUCCAGCCUUCGACCAUUCCCCGUUCGUUCCACAGCCUCGAGGAGGAGGAGAAGGAGAGAUGAGGCUGAGCUGCAACGGGUGCCGCGUGCUCCGCAAGGGGUGCACGGACGCGUGCACCAUCCGGCCGUGCCUGCAGUGGAUCAAGGCCCCCGACGCGCAGGCCAACGCCACCGUCUUCCUCGCCAAGUUCUACGGCCGGGCGGGGCUGCUCAACCUCAUCGACGCCGCGCCCGACGACGCGCUCCGCCCGGCCGUCUUCCGCUCCCUGCUCUACGAGGCCUGCGGCCGGAUCGUCAACCCGGUCUACGGCUCCGUGGGGCUGCUCUGGUCGGGGAAGUGGCACCUCUGCCAGGCCGCCGUCGAGGCCGUCCUCAGGGGCGCGCCCAUCGUCCAGAUCUCCGACGAGGACGCCGCCGCCGCCAGCCCCGCGCACCUCCACAAGGCCGCCGCCGCGUCGUGCUACGACAUCCGCCACGUCGCCGCAAAGGCCAAGCCGGCUGCGGCUGCUUCUGUUGCGGCGGAUGAUGCUGCGGCGGCACCGGCCGCCUCGUCGGCCCCGGCCGACGACACCCAGAGCAGCAAAGGCGGCAGCGUCCUCCGCAAGGUCGCCAAGCCCGGCCGCACGCGCUUCAAGCGCGCAUCCUCGUCGUCAUCACCGCCAUCGAAGAGGCAGGCGGCCAAGAGGAGCAAGCCUUCCGGCACGGACGACGACGACGACGACCUGGUGAUGGCGGACCGCCGCCAUCACGACGAGGAACAGCACGUCCAGCAGAUGAUGGCGGACCACGCGUCGUCCGACGACGACACCCACCACCACCAGGAGGCGUCGGCGGCGUCGCUCGACACGGACGCCGAGGCCGCCUCCCACGUCAGCCAGGCCGAGCAGACCCCCGCGGCGGAAGAGGACCAGCUCCAAGAAGAGCAGCAGCAGCCGGGGCUCGACCUCACGCUCGGGUUCGGACUGUUCGCGCCCGUGGCCGCCGCCGCGCGCCCGCCGACGCCACCCGCGGACGCUGGCUGCAGCCGCGGGGCCUGGAGCGCCGCCGAGGAGCCCGCCGCCGUGGGGUUCCAGUUCCUCUAGGCUAGCUCUUGCAAGCGGCACCCUCAUCUCCUGUACAUGUGUUACACAGGCAGACAGAGACGAGUGAUAGAGGUCGCCAUAGCAAAACAUAGAGGAGCGUCCUAGUUUAUUUUUGCAUUGGGAGGAACAAAUUCAAGUUUUCCCCCCACCUCAAAUCCGUUUCGUUUAGAUUUAGGCCCAAAGAGAAGUAGGAGCACAACUCCUUACAAUUGUUAAAAUUAGGCUUCUUUCCCUUUGUUUUCUUUCUUGACUGAAACAUGAUACAGUUUCCUUUUUUUUUUCUCUGUGAAUGGAUGAAUAAGAGGAAGAAGCAAAUUGAAACAAUGCCA